AUGACGAACGAAGUGCGUCAAAGGUCACAAAGCGACGAAGUCUAUGAAAAUGGAAAAACAGUUGAAGAGCCAAAAUCAGGCUAUUGGGAUCCUCUUACAGAAGGUGUUAAAUGGAUAGAAAGGUAUUCGGAACCUUUGGAGAAAUUCUUCGAAAGACUACCAGAAUUUAUCAGUACAUUUAUAGCCACUUUUGCUAUUUUCACAUUUGGUUCCACAUUAAGAGGAGAGUGGGUGGUAAUUCUAGUCACAGCGUUAAAACAAAUAUCUGGUCACACGCAGAACGAUCGCAAUGUCACUACAGAGGAAAUCUUCAAAUUGUUUACGUCAGAAAAUCUCAAGAUGCAAAAUUUUGGCAUAAUAUUUAUAGCAAGCCACAUCGUGUCGUUUGGCACGUAUUUCUUAAUCGGUGGAUUCUUACACUGGUACUUCUACGUACGAAGAAGGCAUUUGGCUCAUGAGUGGAAGAUACAGCCAAAGAAAUGGUUGCCGCCAGAUCUAGAGCGUCAUGAGAUCAUGGUUGGUACUUUGUCGCUGCUGAUCACAGGGUCGUUCUCCGCAUUCCUCGCCUGCUACAUCUUCAACGGAAACCCUUCGACUGUGUACUUUCAGUUCGAUGAGUACGGCUGGUGGUGGUUCUUCCUUCAGUUUCCUGUUCUCUUCAUUUAUAUGGAUUACACAACAUACAUACUACAUCGGUUGUACCACACGCCAUGGCUGUACAAGCAUUUCCACAAACUUCACCACAAGUACAAGCAGCCUACCGCCUUCUCAGUGACUGCUAUCCACCCGGUCGAGAUAAUGCACGUUCAGCUCACUAUGUGCCUACCGCUCUUCACCAUUCCUGUACACUGGAUACCAUUUUACGCGGUGGUUUUCUACAACUACUACCACGGCAUCAUCGACCACUCCGGUAUCAACUUCAAGGCUUUCUGGUGGCAGCCCUGGCAGCCAGAUGCGGAUUUCCACGACAAACAUCACGAAUUCUUCCAUUGCAAUUUCGGCUUCAAUAUGUCCCUUUGGGAUAAGUGGCACGGAACAAUGAGAAAAAACAAUCGAGUUUACACUGAAGAAACAUUCCACGGCGAGGCUCCGACGAUAGAUUCGCCUGAAGCUGAGAAGAUCAUUGAAAAGGACCCCGAUGCUAAGGAAUUCGUUGAAAACAUAAAAGCAAAUUUAAAUAAAAAAUAACACAGUACAUGAAAACGUACAAUUAUACAUAAUAUUAAAUACGUAAGAUGUAACUAUAUAAAGGGUAGAUGCGUAAGAUAUUGUGAGUACAAAUUUUUAUGCAUAUAAAAAAAAGUAUUAGAUGUAACAUGUAAAUUUAUUAAAUUACUUCAUAAAUCCUUAAACGUUUAAUCAUUCAAUGUUUGACAAAGUAUUUUUGACGUAUAUGGUUUUUGUUUAGAAUUAUAUAUCGAAUUUAAAUAAAGUCUUUAGUUCGAGAAUUUUGUCAUAUCCAUGAUUCGUUACACCUUUUGAAAUUGUAUUCACUAUGGAUUAAAUUAACUUUAAAUUCUAAAUACACAUUUAUGAUACAAGCAA